UUCAGUGCUGUAACAACUUUGGACGGUCACUAAAUGAACUGUUGUAAGUCAAGGACUACCUAUACAAAUUCCUACUUGAAAUAUAGGCUAUUGUAUUUAUCUAAAUAAGUACUGCAGCAUUAAGGCAGCCAUUAUGGAAGCCAAGGGGCUGUUUGUUCAAACACCAUUCCUCCGACUAGUUUUUCCCCCUCUUCUAUUUUUCAUUCCAUACCUCAAAGCUUAUUAUUUAGCAAUAGCGCUUUAUCUCUUUGUAUGCUUCCUUCAUUCAGUGAUACAUUACAGAGAGAAAUUAAAAUACGGUGAAGCAUAUGCUGCAAUGAGAAUCCAACUCCUGUAUCUAGGACUCAUUGGCUGCAGGAACAUAACCUGUCCUUAACUUAGCCACACGGCUUCUUCUGGUCUGAUUGUGUGGCAUCCUGUUAUAUGUGAAGGUGCUGUCUUCUGCCUCGGCUUGAAUAUUGACAGUAGCUCUUUCUGCAGUUCAAAUCUUACAGUGUUAAGCUGCAGUUAUUUGAGGGAAGCGAAAUGAUUAAAAGUGUGGGCCAUCUGUGCAGAUCCUGUAAUUUGUUCAGCGGUUAUAUAAUUUCCUUACUACUAUCUGUGUUCUGGACCACUUUAGCAAUUAUAUUCCAAUGGAAGUGUAAUUAUCUUAGUUCAAAAAUAUGAUCUGUUUGCAUGUACACAAAAUAUUUUUCCCCCUAAACAAUUUAUAUAUAAAUAAUUUGAUUUAUUUGGAUUCGGUCUACACUUGUAGAUACUUUUCAAUGGAAGCUUUGCAAUUAUCUUUGGCAUAGUUAUUGUCUAAUUAGCCUGUACUUAGUGAUUUCAGAUGUCUGUCAAAGACUGUUAACAGAAAACAUAGUGAGUUAAAAACUAAUGUGGUGACCUCAUCUCUGUUCGGGAAGGCUCUGGAAUACAAACUACGUUUGAAGAAAGAGCGUUGAAAUUGUAUCAAUCCAUUUUCUGCUGCAAAUUAAUUGGCUUUCACAUGGAUACCAAUUCCAUUUAACCAUUUUAAUUAUGGGAGAAAUGCGGUGUGUGUGUGAGCACUGCAUUAUUUGGCUUAUCACAUCUACUUGAAAAUAUUUUUCUGGUGUUUUUUUUUUUUUAAAACACAGAAUCCUGCUGUUCUCUGAAAUUAUUUUCCUCCCUGCUCAUAUGCGAGGCAUUAAGUCACAUUGAUUAGUUUAGCAAUUAUAUAAAAACGCACAUGCAUUUGCAUGUGCUGUCGCUUCUCACUUUUCAAAACGAUGCAAAGUGCGACUGCGAUAGCUGGCUCUUUAAUAUUUGGGCACUGUACGUCUACAAUAGCUGUCACUGUGCCGCUAGUCCAAUUGUUAUUGGUGACUUCAGCGAUUGGGCUAGGAUGCUGCUCGUCUGGCUCCAUCUGCAGGGCUCUAAUGCCUCCUGUGUGCAGAUCCCUUCAGCACACAAGUUGAGGCAGCUGACGAGCAGGCAGCACACAUCUUUGCUCUUCUACUUGCUUUGCCACAGCCUGGCAGUUUUCAGGUGAUUCAGCCUCCAGACCUUUGGAGGGGAGGAAGAGAGAGAGAGAGGAGGGGGGGAAAAAAGAAGCUCUGGCGAGCAAAUGAAAAAGGGAAUCACGAUGGGGAGACGUUUAACCAGUCAAGCCCUGGAUCAAACUUAAGAGCCGAUCUCUUAUUCAGCACCCUGGAAAAGGUCACCUUGUCUUUGCUGGGGGGAAAAAAAGAAAGAAAGAAGCACACUCUCUCAGCUUUGCUGCUCUUUUAUUUGUUCCUUCUGCGCCCUCUGUUUACCAAGUAAGGCUCUCUGCUUACACAGACAGAGAUACUCAUGGUAGAUGACAAGGGAAAGAACAUGAAAUGUCUCACCUUCUUCUUGAUGCUUCCAGAGACAGUUAAGAACAGGUCCAAGAAAAGCUCGAAGAAGGUAAACAGUAGUAGCAGCAGCAGCAGCAGCAGCAGCAGUAGUGGCGGUGGAGGCAGCAGCAGCAGCAACAGCAAAUUACCUCCAGUGUGCUAUGAAAUCAUUACCUUGAAGACUAAAAAGAAGAAAAAGAUGGCUGCUGAUAUUUUCCCCCGAAAGAAACCGGCUAACAGUAACACAACUGCUGUCCAGCAGUAUCAUCAGCAAAAUAUCAAUAACAACAAUAUUAUCCCAGCUCCCAACUGGCAAGGGCUUUAUCCCACCAUCCGAGAAAGAAAUGCAGUGAUGUUCAACAACGACUUGAUGGCAGAUGUUCAUUUUGUGGUUGGGCCACCAGGUGGGACCCAGCGAUUACCAGGACACAAAUAUGUCUUAGCCGUUGGAAGCUCUGUGUUCCACGCAAUGUUUUACGGAGAGCUUGCUGAGGAUAAAGAUGAAAUCCGUAUCCCAGAUGUGGAGCCUCCUGCUUUCCUCGCUAUGCUAAAGUACAUUUAUUGUGAUGAAAUUGACCUGGCUGCCGAUACAGUUCUGGCAACUCUUUAUGCGGCCAAGAAGUACAUUGUUCCUCAUCUCGCCCGAGCCUGUGUGAAUUUCCUAGAGACGAGCCUGAGUGCAAAAAACGCUUGUGUGCUGCUUUCCCAGAGCUGCUUAUUUGAGGAACCGGACUUGACUGAGCGUUGCUGGGAGGUGAUCGAUGCGCAGGCCGAGCUGGCUCUGAAAUCGGAAGGCUUCUGUGACAUUGAUUUCCAAACCCUUGAAAGCAUUCUCCAAAGGGAGACCCUGAACGCCAAAGAGAUUGUGGUUUUCGAAGCUGCCCUCAGUUGGGCUGAAAUGGAGUGUCAACGGCAAGAGUUGCCUCCUAGCAUUGAAAACAAGCGCAAAGUGCUUGGGAAGGCACUCUAUCUCAUUCGCAUACCCACCAUGGCCCUGGAUGACUUCGCCAAUGGGGCUGCUCAGUCUGGUCUUCUGACCCUCAGUGAAACAAACGAUAUCUUCCUUUGGUACACAGCUGCCAAGAAACCAGAGCUGCAGUUUGUGAGCAAUGCCCGCAAAGGCCUGGUCCCUCAGCGCUGUCAUCGCUUCCAGUCAUGUGCCUACCGCAGCAACCAAUGGCGCUACAGGGGCCGGUGCGACAGCAUCCAGUUUGCUGUUGACAAGAGAGUUUUCAUUGCUGGGUUUGGACUCUAUGGCUCCAGCUGCGGAUCAGCAGAAUACAGUGCUAAGAUUGAACUCAAGCGGCAAGGCGUUAUCCUUGGACAAAACUUAAGCAAGUAUUUCUCAGAUGGAUCUAGCAAUACUUUCCCCGUGUGGUUUGAGUAUCCAGUGCAAAUCGAACCAGAUACCUUUUAUACGGCUAGUGUGAUUUUGGAUGGUAAUGAACUCAGCUAUUUUGGGCAAGAAGGAAUGACAGAGGUCCAAUGUGGCAAAGUGACUGUGCAAUUCCAGUGUUCUUCAGACAGCACCAAUGGCACUGGGGUUCAGGGAGGGCAAAUUCCAGAACUUAUUUUUUAUGCUUGAAGGAAAAGAUGGGUUCUCAGAACACUCUGUGAUUCUAUGAUGUAUUGUGUCUGGUUCAGGCCAAUUUCAUGCUUAGCUUGUUGUCUGCAGAUAUAUAUAUAUAUAUGGUCAGUUCAAGUAGGACACUCCUAAAUGCAGUGAACAGUUUUAACUCUUGCUGUACUUUUUAUUGUCUACAUGUAUUUCUUCUACUACAUGCUCCCAAGAUCAAGCUAGCAAAUUAAGUGUUAAAGAUUUUCGGCUUUAGCACAGAUGGAAUGCCUUAUUAGUGAAGAAAGUUGUCAUUUUUUCCCUGUGUGUGUCAAGGGACAUAACUUGUCUGGUCUCUACUUUGCUGCUAUUUCCUGUCAUUUUGAUUUAUCAUUUAUUUAUUUUUGCUUCUCCAUGCUGUAGACUUCUUAGAACACCUCAGAAUUAAAAGUGUCUUUAGUCUCUUGCCAUUUGGAUGUGACUCAAACUUAGAAUUGAGGCUGGUUUAGCUGCAGCAUCACAAUGCCUGGGCUGAGGUUUUCUAGAGGAACAUAGGAGGUCUUCAAAUGCCAAUCGUUUGAAGGCCAUAGCAACUGAUUGGAAAAUAUAAAGUGUGAAUUGCUUUGCAAAUACUGGCAUUUUGUAUUUAGUUUAUGUUGUGGAAGAGAACAGCAAAGUGUCUUUGGGUACAGUUGCUUUUUAAUUAACCUUAACAUUUCUUUUAGAAAGCUCUUUUUCAAAGAAACUGUUGAUAUUUAAAAUACAAUCAUGCAUUUUUGCUUGCCCAGGAUUACUUCUGGGAAGCCUUCCCUGGUUGGUAGCCUUCCAGAUGUAUUAGUGCAGUUCCUACUAUCCUCAAGAGUACAUGCAGGAUGGGAAUGAUGGCAGCUAAAGCCUUUCACGCAAGGAGAGCCUACUCCGAAGUAUUACAUAAUGGCAUUUACACUAUUACAAAAUCUCUCUGAUAGUUUUCUUUUCAAGGGAUUAAAUACAUUUCAUUUAAUCAAGUCUAAUAGCCAUUAUUCUGGCUCCCUUUCAUGCAUCGUCUAUGUUUUUCCCAGUGUCAGAAAAUGUGUAGCAAAAAGCAGAUGAUGAGUUUUGUGAGUUUUAUUUUCCCAAAUACCAUUUUAAAAAUACAUGGUUCUUUUCCAAGGAGAAAAAAUACAGAUGUUUGGAGCAUUUUAAUUGUUAGAAAUUGCCAUGGAAUAUAUUUGUUCAAUGUACCAUACAGGGACAUUUUUUUCCAUACAACUGAAACCUGAAUAUUUUAAUGCUUCACAUAUUAAAUUAACUAGUGGGGCAUUUAAACAAGAGAAGCAAGUAGGUUUGAAAGCUCUGUUUUUGAAUGAGCAAAUAGAUUGGACAUUAUGCAGUUUGGUUAGAAUAUGAAUAUUCACCCAAGUAUAAGUUUUGAAACACCUCCCAAAUUUCUAGAUAUUAAUUUUUCUUUCUCAUCUAAUUCCCUCCACAUCCUAUAGAUUUCACUAUCUCCAGCCAGUGUGACAAAGGGAUUCCUGGUAUUUGUAAUUUAACACAGGUUGCAGCAGAAUUAUUGGAGAGAUUUGAAAUUUGCCAGACUCAUACAAAAUAAUAUUUGUUUAACUUAUCAGACACUAUGACUUCAACAAACUAUACUUUAAAUUUUCAAAGUUUAUUAUUAAGUGUAAAUGUGACCAUUAAGAUUGCUUGUAAAUCUGCUUGUAGUUCUCUCUAUGACUACAGAAGUAUACUGUUUAGCACAAGCGUAAAUUACUGCUUUGUUAUGAGCAGAUCACAAUAAGACUAUCAAAAUGUCAUGUGACAACAAACAAAAAAUACCAAGUGGGAUUUUUGCAACUUGGAACUAGGAAUCCUACAGAAUCUGGGAUAUUUGUGACAAAUAUUUCUUACCUAACUUUUGGAGAUUUUUCAAUUGUCAGUCAAGCUUUCCUUUUUCAGAUUUUUUUAAAAAUUGGUUCGACUAUCUGCAUUUCUAACAAGAAAAGAUUCAGGUUGGCAAGUAGCUUUAAAAAAAGAGGGAUGAUAAAAGUAGAGGUACCAUGUUUGUGAAAUAAAAGACACUGCUUCAAAAAAGCAACCCCUAUGUGUUUCAGUCUAGAAAAUAACUUAAGCAUUAGCCUGAAAUAGAUUUGUCCCAGUUUUUUGUUUAUAACACAUUUUUUUUAAAUGAAGUAAAUAUAAAUGCAUCUCACUACAGUGUAGCUGCUUAGCACAACAUUUUAUUGUCCUAGUUAUUAGAAUAGUGGCUUUAAUUCUGAGGCAUCCAGAGAAUCUUUAGUAAAAUAACACAAACACUAUCACAUUGCAAGUUCUCCUACUUUUAUAUAGGUAACAACGAGUCAUGAUGAUUCAACACUGCUUUCAUCAUUCUGUUCCCCUGUCCCAGGCCACCAAAUACCCUUGUAUUGACUGGAUGCCUCCAGUUUCCAACCUAUAUCAGCAUUUCCUAAUUUGUGGUUUCUUGUUGAAUUCAAACCACAAUAUCCAAAAUUCUCUGGCCAGCAUAACCAUUUGGAGUCCUAAAACAUUUUAAGACUUGAAAUCCUGAUUCCUGGUUUCGUUAAAUAUCUGUGGUGUCCCAAAUAAUACUUGAACACGAGAACAUUUAGCAGGAACAGUUUCUCAGCACUGCAGCAUAUUAAAAAUAUACCCACAAAACAGAAGCUGUCCUUAAGAUCAAAUGCUACUUCUGUGUCUCCUACAUUUUUAUCAUCACAAAUAUUUUUUUUUUAAAAAAAACUCACUUAUUUACAUUUCUCAGAGGUAUGGAGUUGCUUUUCAAAGAAAUGUAAAGGAUUACAUUCUCACAACUUUAAGUAUGAUUCACGCACUGGAUUUAGAUUAGAGUGAGCAGAGGUCAAAGCUCUUUUCAGUCUUAAAAUUUGCUCCAUAUUCCUGAUUUCUUAUAGAAAGAGUUAGUCUCAAUCUAACUCUCAUCAUAACAUCAACAUGAGGCUAUAGUUGGGUAGACCAUAGAUAUUGCCUGAGAGCCUUGUAAGAAGUGCUAGAAAAAAAGAACAUCCGUAUAAUUUGUUCGGAAGAAAAUGCUCCUCUCUUAGGUUGUUUUUCCCUGAUCCAAUUAAUUUUACAUGUUUCAGAUAUGCCAAAUAAAAGCACCGCGAAUGGCAUGAUUUAAGGAAGACUGAUGGCAUUACCUUCAGGUGAAAUGAAUGAAUCCAGUUUCCAGACAUAGGUCACAUCAGUUGCCCUGUGCCCUUUCGGCCUCUAGAUGGCAGAUGUACACUGUUACUUUUAGCUUUACCCCACUGAAGCACAAGGUGUUUGAAAGGUCUCAGUUUUAUUCUGGAAAAUAUGUAUUUAUGGUAAAUAUUUGUGAACAAUAAAACUGGAAUUAGUAUAAAUCACAAUCAUUCCUGAAGAGGGAAAUGAAUUGUCUGUGACACCAGAUGCUCAGUUUCCUUUUUUAGAGCCACAGACCCAUGUAUUGAUUUUUUCCUUCUUUAUUUUUUUCCAUAAUGGGUUACAAGUAGGUAGUUUGCCACAAUAAUUAUGGGUAAAUAUCUAACUUACCUUUAUAAAUAGGGUUCUAACGAAAGAUCCUAAAUUAUCUUUAAGUUCUUCCAUGCAUUUUAAUGUAUUGUUUCCUCUUCCACAAAUGCAAUGCUAGUGAAACCAGCAUGAAUCACCGCGUGUCAAAAAUGGUAGCCACAUGCAUGUCCUACUUCGCAGUAAAAUCAAAUUAUUACUCCUGAAAAUAGAUGGAGCAAUAGGCAGAUCUCCAAGUAAGAGACUUAAGUUGUAGUAGCCCAAAUGGGGGGGGGGGGGAUGAGAUGGGUUCAGAGUUUUAAAUGUAUUGAAUUUGAUUUCCAAUUCUCUUCUUUUUUUGUUGUGAAAUGACUUAUUUUCAAGGACGAAUACGGGAAAGAUAUUUAUACUAUUUCUCUGCAACUAUGAAAACUAAAAACAUUAAUGAAUUUCACAGGAUCCUUGAAUAAGGAUCUCUGCAGUAGUGUGUAACCAUGUCUAUAUCACUGAAUAUUUGUAUUUUUUUCCCUGAUGUUCAGUGUCCCUGUAUGCAAUCCUACAUAUGUCUGUUCAGGCAUCAAUUUUGCUGGCUUCCCUGGGAAUAAUUCCUUGGUAAGUGUGCUGAGAUACAACCAUAAGCAGUCAACUAUAUAGUGUGUAUUGCAUGAGGGUUUUUCUUUUGCAGUUAUAAUGCCUUUUAGUUGAAUCUGGAACGACUCCUAAUGUUAGCUCAUUAUUUUCAGCAUACAUAACCUGCCUUUCUAAAUUCUAAAAAGAGCAUAUAUUAACUAUUAGAAAAUAUUGAAAAAAUCAGAAUUAAAAAACUAAAAGAUAGUAGCUGCAGCUAAUGACAGCUUUAAAGAGGUAUUUUGUAAAAGCUUGGAAUAAAAAUUGACUUCACUACCAAUCUAAUAGCAAGGCAUAAUAGGGCCAAGCAGAUCUCCUUUGGGAGGCUGUUAAGAUAAAUGACUACUUGAAGUAUCUGUCAAAUCAGAACGAAGAGGCUGAGUACUAAUAUAUUGAUCAGGAAAAAGCUAUCUGGAAUGAGGUGUGUGUGUGUGCGUGUGUGUGUGUGUGUGUAUUAGGUCUUGAACACAUAAAAAGCAGAAGGAAGCCAACAUUUUCUUUGCAUGUUACAAAUGAAGAAACUUUCAAAUUUUGUUCUGUAGUUAUACAGUGAAAUUUAAAAGACAAUUCAAUUAUUUAAAUAGCAAUGUUAUUAUAAAGGUGAUAUAUGACUUUUAGGACUAUAUUUAUCUAGCCUUUGGUCUGUUGUUUCCUCCCAUGGAGCAACUUGGAAAGAGCUUUGAGUACUUACGUUUUCCUUGCCAAAUAGAAUAAAACUAAUAUAGUUACCUGUACUUCACCCAAUUUAGUAUUCUUGUGAAUGCAGGAUAAGUUUCUGAACUAGAGAGGGGUUUUUUUUUUAUUGAACUGGAUGGUCCUUAAUAUAUUUCCAUCAUCGGGUUUUUUGCUAGCAGCAGUAGAUCAGGCAUAUUAACUUUGACCCACUACUCUGUUAAUAUCCAAGCUAAAUUAGAUCAGUAAACUCAAUUUGUUACCUUAUGUAGAUUGUGGACAAAAUGAGAAGAUUUGCAGCAUCAAACUAC